CUGUGAACCCACGCAAGGGCGACAGACCAAGGAUAACACCUGUUCUCAUAUUACUCCAAACUACUCUUGUGUGAAUGACGGAACUUGACAAGGCUAUAGAGGCGCUCAAAGCUGCCGUCAAGCAAAGCGGAAUCGACAAGCGCGUCGGCGAUGUUGUCAGCCAGUUUACUUCGUACCUUAUUCUCUUGAAAUCGUCGUCUCCUUCCUCACAAUCAAUAUCAAAACUUUGUUCUAUCCUUCGUCGACCUCUAGUUCCCUUGUAUGCUGCCGUUCCCGGACCUGCGCUCCAGCUUUCCUCUGCUGUACUUCGCAAAGUAGUCGAUGAAAAACUGAGAAAUGCCCUGAAUGCUCGAAAUCUUCAACUAAGCGCCUGGUGGAAUGACGUUGCAGUUGCGCUUUUAUCAGGUGUCCUGGAUUUUCUUGAUAAACACGGUGAUGAUAUGACCAAGGAAACUAUUGCAUUAGCGUUUUAUCCGACUAUAUGCACGCUCUUCUUCUAUCAGGACUCCUCCUUAACACUUUUACCACGAACACAAAGGACGGCAUAUUCUCUGUUACAUGGAACGCUUAGCGGACAUCCAGGAAAUCAACGGAGACUACGGGAUAAUGCUGUUCUUGGAGGGUCGCUUAUUGGCAUCGCCAUCUCACAGUCCAAGGACUACCUUGUAAUCGAAGCCCUUCUGGAUAUAGUGGGAUGGUUGAUCCCAAUAACGAACCAAACAGAGAAAGGGAUGGUGAAGCGGACAGAGUUCAUCAACGACCUUUUUGCUGUAGUUCAGAAUCUAGUCAACACCCUCCAAUAUAUUAGCAGUUCGCACUGGGAGGAUACGGUAAUGAAGAUCAUGGAUACUUUGGCCAGGAGCGAUAUCACCUUCCCUCAAUCAUUUGCCUUGGAGGAAGUCGAUGUAUGCGGCAAAUGUUAUCCUCAACCGACUGCAUUUGACCGUUUGCACUUGGAUAGAGAAUUUUUCCUUGCCAACGUUGUUGAGCAGGAUGAUGUCUGCGACAGCUUGAAAAUCUCCUAUGGUCAUAUACGCUCUGUCACGAUCGACGUGUCGAAGGCGCCACCGCAUGGCAAAGUCAUUGUUCAUGUCGAUUUAACAACUCCACCAAGUAUUGGAGACGCGUCGUUUGACAUCCCGGCAGGUCAGGAGCUUUACUUGAAAUUCGAAAUUCGACGGGAGGAUUUAAGCAGGCUCAUGGAGGCUUUACGGAGGCGUGGUAUAGUCAAGCUCAGUUUCAUAGGUGAAAAUCCCCAACAACAAGCUAAAAAACGGAGAAGUGUUGGUCUUGCACAUAGCAUCAGACUUUCGGGCGACUCUUCACCACCACCACAAGGGUCACAGUAUGAGGAUAAAGUUAAACGUGUUCAAAAUGUGUACGAAACCAACUUCCCGGAUGAUGCACGAUCUAUCACUGCCCACUCUGAGCAAGAAUCCAUGUCGGCGCAGCAUGCGCUACCUCGAAUUCCGGCUGACAAGCCUGCGGUUCAGGAGUUCAAAAACAACGCCAGCGCUGAGCGUGCCAAAAAGACUGUCCCCAGACCUCGGCCUGUAUUCAAGUCCGCGAAAAAAGUUGCGCCUCUUCCGGUUACUCCGCCUCGCAAAAGUUCUGCAAAAGACGAUCCCAUUAGUGCAGUACACGUCUCCGUGUUUGGCGAAAGCGAUGAAGAGCUCUCCGAAAUAUCUGACGACGAACUUCUCAAACCUGUCGCCGACGUUCGCCUCAUAGUCCAUCCAGCACAAAUUAUCAAAGCCAAACCAGCUACCAGUCUUAGCGCAAAAAGCAUCAGUUUCCAACCAGCGCCUCCGACCAAACGCAUCGCCAAGCGAAGGUUAAUUGUGGAAUCCGACGAAGAAGAGAUACGAGCUACGCCCAAGGCCGCUCAGAGGGCGACAGUUUCACCAGCUAAGCCAGACAUUAACGUAAAGACGGUAACAACAGAACUUAGCAAGACACACCGCAUCGAUGGCAAAUGUUCUUCCACCCUGCGGUCGUCUAGCACUAUCGAUACAGAUCCAAAAGACGUUCCCCUGGAAGUCAAAAGGCCGUGUACACUAUCCAACAAAGAGACCAGUCACCCAGGAUCCACCAAUAAUGUCGCCAGAACACAUCUCGACGACGAUGCCUUCUUGCAGGAUGCUUCUGUUCAUGAUCAAGUGCCACCAUGCAAGACUAUACCCGACGCGGAACUGACUGCACACGGAAUCAUACUCACUUCACCUAUGAAGAAUCUGGCAACAGCCAAUAUACCAGCGAAGCUGGCAGGCACUCGACGCAAACGGGAUGAUGCAAAUUCCCCCACGAGAGCACCCAAGGUUUCAGAGGACGAUCAUCCGCCCAAGAAGAAGGCCCGUAACACUGGCGAUAUCACUAUCAAGCGUGCAGCAAGUAUACUUCCUGACCCUUUCGAACCGUCAACGAUAUCGAUAACUAUCGCGAAGGCUCCCAGGAAGUACGGAAAGAAAGGGAAGGCACUGUCACCUAUUCCACCAGAGAACGUAGACUCUGACGAAGUUCCUGGAGCAACUUUGAGAGGGAAGACGAACGCGCGAGCUAAGCCAGUCAGGGCUUCCAAACCGGCCCCGAAGAAGGUUCCAACUCCGAUUUCUGGCAGACAAACCCGCGCGGGCGUUAUGCGACGCAGGAACGAGAAGCCUAAAUUCGAGUCGCCCAAAGAGAUCAAACCGAAACUCCAGCCCUCAGAAGCUGACACCGGGAUAGUCGCUGCACCAGAACCAGUUGAUCAAAUUAUGAAAGUGGAACCCCUUCAUAACGAUGCAACCAACACUCCCUCCGUGUCCCUUAAGCCAGAGUCGGCAUCAAGAGAGCAAGCCAAUAAGAUGGACAUGGACCGGGCGGGUGCGAGCACCAAGACCAAGACUGGAGACACUAAUGCAGUGGUACUAACCAAGGUGUCACUAACGCCCCAAAAACUAUCAUUUCAGAUAAUUGAGAAGAAACCAUCAACUCCAGAGCGUGCUCAUACUCCCAAACCAAAGAGGGCACCUUGGGAGGACCCGAUAUUCGUUGCACAACACGCCCCGGCCGAGGAAGUGGAGCCUUUGGGGGUCAGCCCCCUAGAUGAGGAUCCACUAGAGCCAAUCCAGGAUGUCGCAUCGGGAGAUAUGGCUGAAGCGUUCUUCGGCGAUUUUAUUGACUAUUCAGUAUCAUUGAAAGGGAGCGAGGAUCCUAUUCUUCCUGCCUCCUCAGAUCCCCCUCCGUUACAGUUGACCCCACGUAAACCACCUGUUUGUAUCGACCUCACACUGGACCCAACUCCAGUAAAAGAUUGCCACAACUCAGCAAAGGACCGUGGCGUGUCCAAGGAUGCCGGAAUGCUCCCGAGCAAAGUUCCGCAUCCCGUAGAGAGCUUUAUUGCAGUUCCAGUUGCCUUACACGUCACCGGGCGUCAAGAUGGACAUGGGACAUCUAUCGGGGUCCCAAAGCCUUCUGCCGAUGUUGCCAUGGAUGUCGUCAUAUCCCAAGAUCCUUCCGUCCUGCCUAUUCCCUCUCAUAACGAAGAACGACGAGAGCAACUCGCAGCGUUGAAUAUUUCCCCCACCCCCAUCAGAACAAACGAUGCCGAAAGUUCUUCGGCUGAACCUCGUGAUAUGAGGCCCUCACCUUCCGUUCCGGUUCGUCGGAGGCAAUCGGUCGUUUCGUUUGCGUCACCGCUGGUGACCCGGCCCAAUUCCGAUGAUGCUGUCCAGAUCCCCACCAUGACAUAUUUGAAGUCUAGUAUUCGAUCUAACAACCAUGGUGCGUUUAGAAACGGUAUUUCCGGAACCAACACCCGCCCGCCCAAGGGACCAAUUUUGGACCGUGUCGUCUCACUUGUUUCUGAUGACGAGUUUGAAUCGUCAUCUCCUGUGCGGAAGCCGUCCUCCAAUCGGGUACGAUUUGAAAAUGAUGGGUUACAAUAUUCGCUGUCCCCUCUCGCUCUGAAAACGAGUGCCCACCCAGUCAAACAAAUGCCUGUUAAAAUUUUCCAAGAACAACGUGCAAAGAAGUCGCCAAGGGAGAUCAGUCGCCGUAACAUCAAGUCCGACGAGAAUAAUGAUAUCCAGGACAUAGUGGAUGUACUGAGUGACAUCCAGACUGUUAUAGUGAAGGGCAUCGCGAACAAGUUCAAAAGCGUCAACAACGAAGUCCGCGCCGGGAGGGAGGAGCUCCUGCGUGACGCAGCUGAAGACUUACACGCGUUGGCAGAUGCAUAGUCAGUGAUUCAUUCCAGACACAAGUUGCUGACCAGAGUUCAUUCUGCUAUGAUCAACCAGUGCAACACAAUACACCUCGUUCAUAGUCCUGGAGGAAAGUUAUUCUAAGCACCGCGCGGCUAUGACACGUCACUGGGAGGGCGUGAUAAAGUCCAGCGAGCAACUUCAAGAUAAUUUGAAGAAGGCUCUCGAGACACACGACCGCAAUGUUUCUUCCAAGACGUUUCCAAAAUCACUCUUUCCACCGAACUCCAGAUUCUUGAAGCAUUAAUUUCGUGUAUCUUGAUGGUCAUCGACAUGUACUGUAACUACCCGCACCUUGCCAGCAAAGGAUUUUCUGUUGUUCAACUACUGUUUGCAAAUCGAAGUUCAUGAUGUGUUUGUCUUGCUUGUGC